CCUGCACCGGGAGUAGGAGUGGAGGAGGAAGGGGCAAGGAGGGGAAACUGAGGUUGGCCCUGGGGGUGGAGGUCCCCAACGGGGGCCAAGGCUGGGAGUCGCGAGGGUGGCACAGCCCGCCCGGAAGCCGGCCCUCUUAUAACUGCAGGCCUCCGGACCCUCCCACUCACACCCAGCCCUGCCUGCCUGGACCCUGGGCCGAUUUAGCCCCCUCCAGCCCCACUAUGAAGCCCUUUCUGCCCUUCGCUGUGCUCGUCGUCCUGCUGGUUUUUUUGGCAGGUUCUAAGGCCCAGACCCCGGCCGGCCGCCCAGCCCUGCCUCCUUCCCUCCUAGAAGGCCCCAGGCCCGCCCGGGCCUCCUCAGGUCUGGCCCAGAGCUUUGAACAGUUCCAGAAGAAAGUGAAGGAGUUGACGAACACUGUGAUGGAGAAGACCAAAGAGGUCACCCUUGAUUUCACCACCAAAACUAGGAACUGGUUCACAGAGAAUAUACAGAAAGUCAAGGAGAAAUUGGAGUCUACCUUCUCCAAGAAACAUUAGCAGGUCGUCCCUGCCCCCAGGAGCCACUCCCCUCCCCGUCAGAAGAAAGGGGCCUCCGAAAUGUCCUCCCUUCCCCCCAGCCACACUCGAGGAGCCCCCUGAUCCUCUGUUCCCUGCAAUAAAUGUCUUGCAGUCA